AUCCAUCGUAUACCGGUGAAGACUUAACGGAGAAAUGGCGGCAAUAUCUCGCCUGCAACUGCAGCUCCUCCACUUCACUCCUCCUCCUUUCAAAUCGCCUUCGAUCUUCUCAAGAUUCCCUCACUUCUCUCGCACUUCUCCCCGUAGAUUCUUCACUCCUCGCCCUCUCUGCUCCGUCUCCGAUUCCACUCCUCAGAAUUCUUCUUCGGAGGUUGCAUCGAGUUCGAGCAUUGUUGGAGACCUUCUCGACUAUCUCAACGAAUCCUGGACGCAGUUUCAUGCGACAGCUGAAGCGAAACGGCAAUUAGUUGCUGCUGGUUUUCAUUUGCUAAACGAGGAUGAAGAGUGGGACUUAAAGCCCGGUGGAUGCUAUUUCUUUACACGAAAUAUGUCUUGUUUGGUUGCCUUUUCCAUUGGAGAAAAGUAUGUCCCUGGUAAUGGAUUUCAUGUUAUUGCUGCCCACACAGAUAGCCCAUGCCUAAAAUUAAAGCCCAAGUCUUCGUCAAACAAGUGUAAUUGUUUAAUGGUCAAUGUGCAGACAUAUGGGGGUGGUUUGUGGCAUACUUGGUUUGAUAGAGAUUUGAGUGUUGCUGGAAGAGUUAUAGUGAGAGGCGGUGAUGGUUCAUUUUUGCACAAACUUGUCAAAGUAAGAAGGCCUCUAUUGCGAAUUCCGACCUUGGCAAUUCAUCUUGACCGCACAGUGAAUCAGGAUGGGUUUAAGCCAAAUUUAGAAAGUCAUCUUAUUCCGUUGCUGGCGACGAAGACCGAAGACAAUUCUCUUGAGUCGAAAGAUAAAAGCAAUGAUUCUUUUUUGAAGGAUGCCCUACAUCCCCUUCUGAAACAGGUCAUAUCAGAAGAGCUCUGUUGUUCAGCUGAUGACAUAGUGAGCUUUGAGUUAAACGUGUGUGAUACCCAACCUAGCUGUCUUGGAGGUGGAAAUGAGGAGUUUAUUCUCUCAGGAAGAUUAGAUAACCUCGCGUCAAGCUAUUGUGCAUUAAGAGCUCUUAUUGAUUCUUGUGAAUCUCCUAGUAACCUAAAAAAUGAACAGGCAGUUCGAAUGGUUGCUUUAUUUGAUAAUGAAGAGGUGGGUUCAGGUUCAAUUCAGGGAGCUGGUGCACCCACCAUGUUUCAGGCCAUGAGGCGCAUAGCCAGUGACUUAACUCAAGGAUAUGUUGGUGAAGGUGCUUUUGAGCGUGCUUUUAGGCAAUCAUUUCUUGUAUCUGCAGACAUGGCCCACGGAGUUCAUCCAAAUUUCACUGAUAAGCAUGAAGAACACCAUCGGCCAGAAAUGCAAAAAGGACUUGUCAUAAAGCACAAUGCCAACCAGCGCUAUGCUACAAGCGGAGUCACGGCGUUUCUUUUCAGAGAAGUAGGCCGAAUUCAUAACCUACCAACGCAGGAUUUUGUAGUGAGGAAUGAUAUGGGUUGUGGAUCUACGAUUGGUCCAAUACUCGCUUCUGGAGUAGGCAUCCGUACAGUGGAUUGUGGUAUCCCUCAACUUUCCAUGCACAGCAUAAGAGAAAUUUGUGGCAAAGAAGAUGUAGACACAGCUUAUAAGUAUUUCAAGGCAUUCUAUCAAACGUUUUCAAGCAUUGACCGAAAACUGAAGGUGGAUGGCUGAAUCAAAUGCGCCAUUGACGAGGCAAACGAAAUAAGGUAUUCUCAUUCUGUGUCUCCCGAUAUUUACAUUUGGAAAACAAGAUGAAAUGCAACACUUUCUUUUAAAAUAUAUAUAUUGAAAGAAAAAAAUUAUUUUUAGAUGAACUUUUUUAGAACAAAAAAUGACCGAACAAAUCAUUCUGUCCCA